AGAUACACAUAUGCUGCACAAUGCCACGCUAGACUUCUACAGGUACUACAUGGGAGCUGAGAGCCCAAGGACAAGUGGGAACAUAUCGAGACCAGCUUGUUUUAUCUAGUGAUAAGCCCUUUAAACAUAGUCCAGAGUGGAACCAGGAAGUAAAAAGUCGAUAAACAGUGUGUUAACUUGUUGAGGCCAGAAGGGGGAAAAACUGAGAUUUGGGACUGAAGAAACUCAGAGCUCUCGCAGGAGAAGGAUCAACUCUAAGAAAUACUCCCUUGAAGUAAAACCUGUGGAAGCCCCCUGAUAUCCAGCCCUCCCAAGAUGGAACAUUUGUCAAGGCAGGAAUUAGAGGUUAUCCAUGAAAUUCCCCUCUACCGGCCUUUUGUGGAGAAGUGGGCCCAGGUGGAAUCAUUCCAGGCCAGGCCAGACGACCUUCUCAUUUCCACCUACCCGAAAUCAGGCACAACCUGGAUUAGUGAAAUCGUGGACAUGAUUUACAACAACGGGGACGAGGAGAAAUGUAAACGGGAUGCAAUUUUCAAUCGAGUCCCUUUCAUGGAAAUGAGCUGCCCUGGACUCCUAAGUGGCACAGAGCAGCUGGCUGCGGUGCCAUCGCCUCGGCUAGUGAAGACCCAUCUCCCAGUUCAGCUCCUCCCUGUCUCCUUCUGGGAGCAGGACUGCAAGAUGAUCUACCUUGCCCGAAAUGCCAAGGAUGUGGCUGUCUCUUAUUACCAUUUCUACCAGAUGGCAAAGAUGCAUCCAGACCCUGGCACCUGGGAUGAGUUCCUGGGGAAGUUUAUGGCUGGGAAAGUGGCUUAUGGAUCCUGGUACGAUCAUGUCAAAGGCUGGUGGGAGAAGAAAAAGGCCUAUCGAAUUCUGUACAUGUUCUAUGAGGACAUGAAAAAGGAUCCAAAGCGUGAAAUAGAGAAGGUGCUCCAGUUUCUGGGAAAGGACCUGAAGGAGGAAGUGGUGAAUAAAAUCCUCCACCAUACCUCCUUCCAGGAGAUGAAGAAGAAUCCUACUGCUAACUAUGAAAUGAUGCCAACCUGGGCUAUGGACCACAGUGUGUCUCCAUUCAUGAGGAAAGGGAUGUCAGGAGACUGGAAGAAUUACUUCACCGUGGCUCAGAAUGAGAUAUUUGAUGCACAUUAUAAAGAGCAGAUGAAAGGCUCGACAUUCAGAUGCCAAAUGGAGAUAUGAAGAAAAGGCUUCCCUAUGGUUCAUCAGACAAAUGCUAGCUGUCUAAAUACUAAAAUGGGUGAACUAGAGUGCCUGGCCUUAAAUGAGGAUAUUGAUAUAAUAGGCAUCAUGAAAACUUGGUGUAAUGAGGAUAAUCAGUGGAUUUGCGAUAAUACGAGGGUACAAAAUAUAUAGGAAUGACAGAGCUGGUGGGGGAGUGGCACUAUAUGUGAAAGACAGCAUAGUCAAGUAAAGUAAAAAUCUAAAAUGAAUUAAACUGAACCAUAGAAUCGCUAUGGAUAGAAAUUUCAUUUUGAAUAAUCAGAGUAUAGCAGUAGGAAUAUGAUACCGACCACCUGACCAGGAAGGUGAUGGUGACUUUGAAGGAGUUUAGAGAGGCUAUGAAGACAGAAAACCCAAUAAUAAUGGGGGAUUUCAAUUGUCCUCAUAUUGACUGGGUACAUGUCCUCUCAAAAACGGAUGCAGAGGUAAAAUUUCUAGACACAUUAAAUGACUGCGUCUUGGUUCAGCUUGUCCUGGAACCCUCAAGGGGAGAGGUAAUUCUUGAUUUUAAUCCUAAAUGGAGCACAGAAUAUGGCCAAGAGGUAAAUAUAGCUGAACAUCUCAGUAAUAGCGACAAUGAUGUAAUUAAAUUUAACAUUCUUGGAGGGGGAGAAAGGCCAAAGAAACCCACCACAAUAGCAUUUAACUUCAAAACAGGUAACUACACAAAAAUGAGGAAGCUAGUUAGACGGCAGUUAAAAGGAACCGUUACAAGAGUGAAAUGCCUGCAAACUGAAUGGAGACUAUGUAAAAGCACCAUAACUGAGGCAGUAAAAGGACCCAAAAAAUUCCACCAUGCGUAAGCAGCUGAAUAAAAGAGAUGAUUAGAGGCUAAAAGGUAUCCUUUAAAAAUGGGAAGUUAAGUCCUAGUGAGGAAACUAGAAAGAAGCAUAAACUCAGGCAAGUCAAGUGUAAAUGUAUGAUAUAACAGACCAAGAAAGAAUUUGAAGAGCAACUAGCUAAGUACACAAAAACUAACAGCAAAAAAAGUACAUCAGAAGCAGAAAUCCUGCCAAACAGUCAGUGGAUCCACUGGAUGAUUGUGUUGCUAAAGGAGCACUCAGAGAUGACAAGGCUCUGGCAGAGAAGCUAAAUUAAUUUUUGAAUUGGUUUUCACCGAAGAGGAUGAGGGGGAGAUCCCCACAUCUGAGCCGUUCUUUUUAGGUGACAAAUCUGAGGAACUGUUGAUUGAGGUGUCAGUAGAAGAGGUUUCAGAACAAAUUGAUAAAUUAAACAGUAAUAAAUCACCAGGACCAGAGGGCAUUCACUCAAGAGUUCUGAAGGAACUCAAAUAAAUUGCAGAACUACUAACUAUGGUUUACUUAAAUCAGCCUGUGUACCAGAUGAUUGCAGGAUAGCUAAUGUGAUGCUGAUUUUUAAAAAAGGCUCCGCACAAUGUAGUAAAAUGGUUAAUAAUUAGAAGAACAUGCGUGGCAGCAGUGAGGUCCAGUGGCUAGAGCACUGGACUGGGAGUAAAGUGACCUCCACUCUGACAAUGACCUGCUGUGUAACCUUAGCCAAGUCUCAUAACUGUUCUGUUGAUGAGAUUUUUGUGCUGCUGCCAUAAAUUAGAGCUACUCUGACUUACGCCAGGGGCCACUAUGGCUCCUGAAACAGUUUUAAGCUACCUUGGCACCUCCUCAUCCCAGCUGCAAAAUCCCACCUUUUGUCUCAGUUUUUCCCUGCUGUACCAUGGGGAUGGGGAUGCUUAAUGCACUGCUGCAAGGUGCUCAGAUACCUAUAUACAAAUAGAGUAGAGUGCUGGAGCUUAUCAUUAAAAGCACUGAAGUGACUUAGGAGCACGUCCCGCUGAACGUCAAUAUGACGUGUACUUCUUAGGCACUUUUGAAAAUCCCACCCACUCACCCUCUUUUGUAAGGCACUUUGAGACCUGUGGAUGCGCUUAGUAAAAGCUAAAUAUUAAUCUAAUUCCUCAUUGCCCUCUCAAUGCAAGCAUUAACAAAGUACAGUAACUCCGCUUUGAAAAUAGAUAUUCAUCAUGUCUCUUGGUUAUACGAACUUAUACAAUUGCCAAGUGCCUUUGGAAACCAUUUUUGUAUGCAGUGUUGUUGUAGCCAUGUUGGUCCCGGGGUAUUAGAGAUGCACGGUCGGUGAGAUAACAUCUUUUACUGGACCAACUUCUAUUGGUGAGAGAGACGAGCUUUUGAGCUUACAGAAAGGUGAGACCCGAAGAAGAGCUCUAUAUAAUCUCAAAAGCUUGUCUCUCUCACUAACAGAAGAAGUUGGUCCAAUAAAAUAUAUUACCUCCCCCACCUUGUCUCUCUUUUUGAACUAUUGUCCAUUUCGAUCCUAUUCUUGAGACUUUCCUUCUUAUUCUAUGGUAUAAUGAUCACCUUAAAAAUUAUCCCUUUAAUAGAGAACAAAGUUUGUUACUAACUGCCAGUCACUGAGUUAAUGUUCAGAAUCCCCAUUGUAUUGCGAAGCUGAAGAACUGAGGGGCAGUUUAGUUGUAGGCUUUUAAUAAGUUGAUGGGAGGCUGGGAUCCCUUUCUGAGCAGUAGCUCUGGCACUCAGGUAGCUUUUGCCUUCAGCAGGGCCGGAUCCAGGCAUCAGCUUGGCAAGCAGGUGCUUGGGGCGGUCACUCCGGAGAGGGGCGGCACAUCCAGCUAUUCGGCGGCAAUUCGGCGGUCGGUCCCUCACUCCGGCUCAGAGCGAAGGACCUUCCGCCGAAUUGCCGCCGCAGAUCGCGAUUGCAAUCACGGCUUUUUUUUUUUUUGGCUGUUUGGGGCGGCCAAAACCCUGGAGCCAGCCCUGGCCUUCAGGCUUCCAAGUUGAUCACACAUCCAGCUUUGUACUCUGAAUUCUAACCUUGUUUUUGAAAAAAAUCUUUUGAUCUCCACUAAAAAAUCCACUUCCUGGAAAGAAAAUCCAGGAAGCCAGACUCCGCCUCUCAAAAGGCAAAUCCUGUAACAUAACACUGGGGAAGAGAAAGGAGCGCAGCUGAUCUUAGAAAACAGCAACUGAAGGACGAAAACUGCUAGAGCCCAGAAGGGAUCCUAGCCUCUGAUCAACGAAAAAGCCAACAACAACCAAACUGAAUACACAGUAAGUUCCCCAGCUUUACGGCACAAGGGGUCCUUAACUUUGGAUCAGUGAGUAGGGUUUAUAGUGAUGUAGAUUUGUUAUCAGUUAAUGGGCAGUUCCAAUGAGCUGACAAGCUUUAAUAAAAGCCAGUCAAAAGCAGCCUUUAGAGGAAUUAUUGUGUUGUGUUUAGUUUAUGAUACAGUCAAUGGAGCUGAAAUGAGGAUUUUGAAUUAAGGGACUUGUGACCCAGAGACCUCUGUAUGCCAGCUGGCAGAGGGCACAGGAGUGCAUAGGUUUUUUUUACAGGAAUUCCUGGGUCAGAUGUAGGCAAAAUAGUUCACCAAAGAGGGCAUGUGAGGUCUCUACCGAGAGCCACUAGCCCACUGGUUAACACAAUCACUGCAAAAGGUGUGUACAGAUCAUAUUUAAGCAGUUAAGUAUCUAUACUGAAAAUUAUGUUCCUACGGUCUUAAAGUUAAAGCAGGUCACCAGGAGGUGACAUAACUCAGACAUGUUCCUUUCAGGCAAGUGGUACCAGAUGCCUAUUUCCCUGAUUGGUCAUAUGUGUGUCAGGCCUGCAAUUCAUGGCAAUGUUGGGUCUGUUUUCAUACUGAGCCCCAGGCAGUAGAAAAGAUUAUGAAAACUACCAGAGAGGAAAUUCACAGGAUACAACAAACAGCAGGGGGUGUCCUGUUUCUGACUAAAGACAGAGGAUUGUUGGGGUAUAUAAGGAAACCCAGAGACUCCUUCAUCAAGGAAGCAAGCUAACUGUGUUUGUCUUAUGAAAGGGUCACAGCCAGCCUGGCUGUGAAAUUCUGUAAAGAUUGUGGGUGAGCGAUACUCUACAAGACAUCAGAGUAUUUUGUUAAUUAAGUCUAGAAUGCAUGUUAUGGACAUGACCAUCUGUUUCCAAUAUUCCUACUUGCUAUCACUUAUAUGAGAUAUACCUAUCUCAUAGAACUGGAAGGGACCUUGAGUUGAGUCUAGUCCAGUCCAGUCCCCUGCCUUCACAGCAGGACCAAGUACCCCCUGACAGAUUUUUUUUGCCCCAGAUCUCUAAAUGGCCCCCUUAAGGAUUGAAAUCACCACCCUGGGUUUAGCAGGCUAAUGCUCAAACCACUGAGCUAUCCCUCCCCCUUUGUAUCUCGAGGCUGUGUUAAAUAAACUUUUACUUUAUUUGACUAUAAA